AUGUCGUCUGAUCCUGAUGUUGCUCAACAAAAGGUAGUUGUAUUGGCUGAAUUAACAAAAGAACACAAGCUAAAUCAUGUUGAAAGUGCACCAACUGAAUUAUUAUCAACAACACAAGCAAAAGUACUAAUUGAAGUAACUGGUAAACAUCAUUUAAAUCAUAUCGAAAGUCCACCGUCAGGUGAAUUAACCGAAGCUGAAAAACAGGCCUAUAUUGAAGAAAAACAAACUAGACAAUAA